GGGUCGGGAGUGGCCACGGCCGGAGCCGUCGGAUCGGGAUCUGAUGGAUCAGAUAGGGGCCCCGCGCGGUUGCUGGAGAGGACGGCGUUGGGCUUCGCGGCGGCGGCCGCAGCUGCGAUGAUAUCGGUGGGCGGCGGUGAGCCUCCGGCUCGCGCGGAGUCCCUCACCGUCGCCUUCCCUGUUUCCAGAGCGCGUGAGGUGAAUAGAGUGCAGAGAACUCUGGUUGAGGCUUGGGGCUUAAUCCGUGAGACCUUUAUCGAUCCCACAUUCAACCAUCAAGACUGGGACUUGAAGCUUCAGCAAACUAUGGUGGAAAUGUUUCCGUUAAAAUCAGCAGAUGUAGCAUAUAGUAAAAUCAGCGGAAUGCUUUCGACUCUUGGUGAUCCAUUUACCAGAAUUAUUAGUCCAAAGGAGUAUCAAAGUUUCAGAAUCGGAAGUGAUGGAAAUUUGCAAGGAGUUGGUCUGUUUAUAAAUUCUGAACCCAGUACUGGGCGCUUGGUUGUUUUGUCUUGUGUUGAGGGGAGCCCAGCUGACCGAGCUGGCAUACAUGAAGGUGAUGAACUCAUUGAGAUUGAUGGAGAGAACGUUGCCGGAAUAGAUGGAGAAACAGCAGCCCAGAAGCUUCGGGGUCGUGUUGGAACUACUGUCACAGUAAAACUUUCCAGUGAGUCUGAGCCUGGAAGUGGUCGUGAACUUAGAGAGGUUCAGCUGCCUCGCGAGGUUAUCAAGCUUUCACCUUUAUCGAGCACAAUCAUCUCUCAUAAAUUACCUGAUGGCCGUGAGUCCAGGACAGGAUAUGUUAGACUAGCUGCCUUUUCUCAGACUGCUGCAGCUGAGAUGGAGAAUGCUAUUAAAGAAAUGGAGCACCUAGGUGUCCAAUCAUACAUUCUUGAUUUGCGCAACAACCCAGGAGGUUUGGUAAAAGCUGGAAUCGAUGUUGCACAAAUAUGGCUUGAUGGAGAUGAAACUCUUGUGAACACUAUUGACAGGGAUGGGAAUAUGUUACCAAUUACUAUUGGUAAAGGGCAUGCUCUGACACAUGACCCACUUGUUGUGCUUGUUAAUGAAGGGAGUGCGAGUGCAAGUGAAAUUCUGGCUGGGGCAUUGCACGAUAAUGGUCGUGCUAUUCUCGUUGGCCAUAAAACCUUUGGUAAAGGGAAAAUUCAGAGAGUGACCGAGUUGCAUGAUGGGUCGGCAUUGUUCAUCACAGUUGCGAAGUAUCUAUCGCCAGCAUUACAUGACAUCGACCAGGUUGGAAUUGCACCCGACAUACAAUGCACUCCGGAUGCCUUGACUUUGCCAAGGACACCUAUGUUGAAGGAAAAAGACAAAGCUGCUUCUCUGGAGUUGGAUUCUUGUGUAAUGGUGGCUGAGCAUGAAUUAGAAGUUCAGCAAUCAAAAGGGGCUGCUUCAUAAGCCAACUCAAAUCUCCAAUAUCAUAUCUUUGAUUACUUCUGUUACCCUUUGUAGCUAACAUUCUCAAGUUCCAUAUAAUUUAUAAUGUAUACUCCAGCGUAUAUAAUAUACUCUUGUCACUCCAUAUAUUUCCACACACCUCGACAAAAAAAAAUUAUAUAAUGUAAAGGGAAAAAAACAAAUCAGAACAUUGUGACAGGCUUCGGGAAUCCUUUCUUAUGAAUGUUAAAGUCGAUAUCAAGCUGCA